AUGGCCAAGAGGUUAUCCUCGUUGUUCUCCCUGUCUAGGGACGACAAAAGCCCGGCCGAAGUCCCCCAGUCUUACAACACACCCUCCUCUCCAUAUCCACCGUCGCCAAACUACAUGCCCACUCCCUCCGCCCAUAAACUCCACAAACAUCGCUUUACCGCCUCCUCCGAUUUCGACUUCAAUGACAACGGUCUCCCUCCCCUCGAGCCUCCUCCAUUUCUGUCAGAUUCAGGCAUCUCCCGUCCGCCCAGCAGCAAUCGAAGUGGGCCCGAUAGUAGACCGGCCAGCAGGAACAGCAGCCCUCACAGUCGUGAUGGGAACAGAAGUCGUCCGCAGACUCCAAGUCUUAUGAUUUCACACAGCUCAACUGGCUCCCCGGCCAGGCCUGCCACUCCCAAUUCGGCCAAGGUUUCAAAGAGGAAGACCUGGGUUCCUGGCCGAUCAGACAAACAAAGCCCGGAAGAUGGGCAAGCUGCACCAAGGGCCUGGAUUGCUGGACUGCGCGAACACAUCCCAUACGAUCUGACACCCCUUCUGACAGGUGACAGGGUACCCGAACUCUGGAAUGAUCGCGGGGACACCAUCGUCUAUCUCUACCCACCAUCUACUGGCCGUGGUCCAUGUUUCAAAGUCGAGUCCUCCCUCUUGGCUGAUUCUAAGGCUCUGGUCAACCUACGCACCCAAUCUCCUACCUCUCCGAUUACUAACAAUGCCGAUAUGCCUCCAAUCCAGGCGGCAUUUGCUGAACUGGCUUUGGAGCCCCACCGUAUCCGACCACCGUCACAGCAGAGUUCCACUUAUCGAGCUUCCAUGAACUUCUCCGUCCCCAACAUUGUGACCUCGUUGAGCCAAGAAAGACAUGUCUAUCUGCCUGUGGGCUUCGAAUUCGACAUGACAGUUCCUGGCGCGCAGCCACAAGGCGAUGACCUGGAACUCGUCGUCCUGUAUCGCAAUUUCUUCGCCUUCCUCGCGGGAGGCGCACUGGUAGCCACGCCCAGACAAGUAACCUUGUUCUCCGUUUUUAUGGGCAUCAGCAGUAUUCUCAAGCGCUUUGCCUUCAGUAACUCCGACGGCUCGACCUUUGGAGAAGUCCCCGUCACAAGCUUUGCAAGAUAUUGCGAUGAAUUGAGAUUGGCUGAUGUUCGGUCGAGCAGAGAAAAGACCAUCGAGGCCAUUGUCCUAGGAGAACAUCUGAAGUCAUGGCCACUAUACAAUGAAGGAUUUGCGCAUGCUGUCGGCCGCCUUGCCGAUAUCAAAUCUAUCCAGAGUCCGAAAUACAGCAAGAUGUCACCAAUCACCACCAAUCGCUUAGAGCGAGCUCACCUCGACAUUGAACAACGCCUGCUAACGGUAAGGGCUAAACUCGAAGAUUUCGAUUUUCCCUCCAUGUUUGCCGGCAUUGCCAAUUCUCAAACCUCGACGGAAGCCAAGCUAGUGCGCUUCAAAGAGUGGAAGGCCGGCUUUUUGGACUUCCGCCGCUUCAUCAUUGCUCAUUAUCGCCGAAAAUAUGGUGCUUGGCCACCCAAGGCCUCAUCCAAGAAGAAUAAUUUCGAAGAAAGCGGUCUCAACCGGAUGCUACUCAAGGAGCUUUAUAAAGAUUUUUGCGACAUGUACGACACACUGGUGGAUCGAUCAGCGUUGACCACCAGGACCGCCGAUAUGCCUCCAAUGGACGGAGAUGCUGAAUCUAACGAUGUUAAUGAAAGUAUCCAACAUGCAAUUCGACGAGUCGAAAGCGAGUACGAUCGCGCCACACCUCCAGUCAUGCCAGCCAUUCCUUUCGACACACCCCUUAUUCCGCAAUUUUCUCAGAGUUUCAAUCGGACUCAUGUUAUCGUCUCAGACCAAACUGCGCUUCAGAUCAAAAAGCUAAGCCAGAACGAAGUCAAUGAAGUACUUUUGGGAUCAUAUAAUCGAGAAAGCAUCAAUGCAAGCCCUUUCAUUCAGGACUUCUUCAACUACGAACGUCGGCUGGGCGAUGGCAAAACCUUAGAGCAGAUUGUAGACGCCAGGUGUGGACAGUGGCUGUUCAUGUAUGCUGUCUUGCAGGCUUUGCCUAUGACAGUGGUGGAUGCACGUGAUCUCAAAUACACUGAAGGCGUCGAAUACUUCUUGUGUGUUGCACCUCGAGGAGGCAGACCAUGGAUGAAGGAGGAUCAUUCAGCAUCCCGAGCUUGGUACAACGUAGCCAGCGGAGGGGGAAUAGUCAGUCUCCCAGCUGACCAAAUCGACCACAGCGUUGAAGGGGUCUACCGCCGCAGUCAUUGCUGGAAUGUCGCGACAGAGUGGGCACAUUCAUUGCCUGAGGGUGCCACAGCACUGCCGAAGCGCACAGACACGACGACUCUACAACCGCCGUCCUCCUUCGGCACGAAUUCGCCGUAUCUCAGCCCGCAACAAUCACCACAUGCCAGUCCACAACUGUCACCACUCUAUCGGCCUCUCUCUGAAGCCUCGUCUAAUGACAACCACAGCCUCGGCAAGGUUAGGAGCUCAGUCAAUCUAGGUCUGGAGGCCAUGAACGCCCCUCCGCCUCAACAUACACAGCGGCCUGUAUCAUCGUUCAAUCCCAACAUCACCUUCGACGCCAUCUUAGGGGGAGCGCCCGAGCUGCAGGGCAAAGGGAAAAAGGGAAAGAAAUAA